AAACUUAAACUGUCAACCAGACAGCUGUAAUACAUAUAGGUUUUUAUUUCAUGUAUCCAUUUACAGACCAAGGUAAAAAUAAAUGUUCUAUUUCCAACCAUAUGUGAGAGACAGAUAGAAUGUACUACAGUGUGCCAGAAACUUCUGCGUGUAUAUAAAAGUUUACCCGGUGCUAACUUAAUAAACACAUUUUCGAUCGAAGAUGGGGGUUAACAAUGAAGAAGCCGAAACUUACAAGAAUAAAGGUAAUGAAGCGUUUAAAUCAGAAAACUAUGAGGAGGCGGUGUCGCUUUACACUAAAGCGAUUAAUUUAUCUGAAAAAGAUAGCCGGGAUAGAGCAACUUUUUUGAAAAAUCGAGCAGCAGCCUAUCUUAAGUUAAAGGAAUACAAAAAAGUUAUAAAAGACUGUGACGAAUCUUUACAAAUUGUACCCGAAGAUCCAAAAGCUCUUUUUCGACGUGCACAAGCGUUGGAAAGCGAGGAAAGGUUUGAAGAAGCUUAUAGAGAUGCUAAAACUAUUUUUACUGUGGAUCCAGCAAAUAAAGCUAUACAGCCUGUAUUAUCUCGCCUACAUGCUAUCGUUCAAGAACGGGUGAGAAGAAAUGCACAGACAAGUAAUAAAGUUGAACAAAUGUUUAAGUUAGCAUUUGAAAUAAGUGAAGAAAAAGAUAAACGUCAGAAGGCUAUGACUAAUUUAGUUGUACUUGCUAAGGAAACUGCAGCCGCUGAUGUUAUGGUUAAAAAUGGUGUUGUUCAAAAAAUACAGCAGUUAUUGAAAGUAGAAAAGAAUCCAGAUAUAUACAUAAAUGCAAUAAGAGUGAUUGGUCAGCUAUGUAAAAGAAAUGUAGAGCGCACACUAAGUAUUAUUAAAGUUGUUGGCAUACCUUGGUUCCUGGAAAUAAUUGACAGUGAUAUUGAGGAGAGGGUUAAUGCUGCUCAGUAUUGUCUACAAGUUAUACUCAAUACAUUCUCCGGUAUGGAUACAAAGAAAGAUACAAAGCCUGACAAACAGUUAUGUGAAAAAUAUAAAUCUGAAAUUGACACAUUGCUUACAUGUUUGACUUAUUCUAUAACUAACCGGGUUAUCUCCGGUAUGGCUAGAGAUGCCAUCAUGGAGCUGAUAAUGAGAAACUGUCACUACAGCGCAAUAAACUGGGCAGAGAGGUUUGUAGAGAUCAGAGGUCUACAACGUUUACUUGAAGUGUGCAGUGAACUUGAAGAAUACAAAUAUGAAUCGGCAAUGAACAUCACACCUUCAUCCGCAACUAUUGCAGCAGCUUGCCUCGCCAGAAUAUAUGAGAACAUGUAUUACGAUGAAGCACGAGAAAGAUUUAAUAACCAAGUUGAUGAAUUUGUAAAAGACAAGCUUCUGUCACCUGACCUUGAAUCAAAAGUUAGAGUGACAGUUGCUAUCACUUCCCUCCUUCGUGGACCACUUGAUGUUGGCAAUUAUGUUAUUUCUAAAGAAGGAAUAAUGGAGAUGAUUCUUGUUAUGGCUCAAACUGAAGAUAUCCUUCAGCAAAAAGUAGCCUGUGAAUGUUUGAUUGCUGCAGCAUCCAAGAAAGAUAAAGCCAGAGCUAUUAUCAAUAAAGGUGUUGAAAUUCUUAAAAAGCUAUAUACCAGUAAAAACGAUGCUGUUAGAGUGAGAGCUCUUGUGGGUCUGUGUAAGAUUGGCAGUUUCGGUGGUGAUGAUGCUUCAAUCAGACCAUUUGCAGAUGGCUCUACCAAAAAGCUUGCUGAAGCCUGUAGAAAGUUUUUGGUUAAUCCAGCUAAAGAGAAAGACAUGAGAAAAUGGGCAGCUGAAGGCCUCUCAUAUCUUACUUUGGAUGCUGAUGUAAAAGAAAAAUUAGUGGAAGACAAAGCUGCCAUACAGUCCCUUAUUGAAUUAGCCAAGACUGGCGACCAGUCUUGUCUCUAUGGUGUGGUUACGACAUUGGUCAAUUUGUGCAAUGCCUAUGAGAAGCAGGAAGUCAUGCCUGAAAUGUUGGAACUAGCUAAAUUUGCAAAGCAUCACAUACCUGAACAGCAUGAACUUGAUGACCCUGACUUUGUUAACAAAAGGUUAACAGUUCUCUGCAAGGCUGGUGUGACUACAGCUUUAGUGGCAUUAUCUAAAACUGAAAGUCACAAUUCUAAGGAACUUAUUGCUAGAGUAUUUAAUGCUAUAUGUAGUCUUCAAGAAUUACGAGGUAUUGUUGUGCAACAAGGUGGAGCAAAAAUCUUGAUACCUAUGUCUUUAGAGGGUACACAGAAUGGGAAGAAGCAAGCUGCACAAGCUCUAGCAAGGAUUGGAAUUACAAUUAACCCAGAAGUUGCAUUCCCUGGUCAAAGAAAUUUAGAAGUAGUUAGACCUUUGAUUGCACUAUUACAUCCAGAUUGUACUGCAUUGGAGAACUUUGAAGCAUUAAUGGCUUUAUGCAAUUUGGCUGGUAUGAAUGAGACAACUAGGAAUAGAAUCUUAAAGGAAGGUGGAUUAUCAAAGAUAGAACAAUAUAUGUUUGAAGAGCAUGUUAUGUUACAAAGAGCGGCAACGCAAUGUAUUUGCAACUUAUUACAAUCGGAAGAAGUAAUAAAAACAUAUGAAGCUAACAAUGAUAAAUGUAAAUUUUUAUAUCUACUGUGUCAAGAAGAAGAUAUGGACACAGUUAUGGCGGCGGCAGGAGCGUUGUGCAUUCUGACGUCAGUUAGCAAAUCCUGCUGUAGAAAAUUACUGGAUUGUCAAGCUUGGCUGGAGAGCCUUAGAGUCUUACUGGCUAAUCCAAAUAAAGAAAUACAGUACAGAGGCACAUAUAUGUUGUACAAUAUUAUAUCUGGUGAUAAAGAUAUUGCUGUCAGAAUUUUCGAAACCGAUGUCAUGGAAAUAUUAAUGGCCUUAACAAAGUUAGAAGAUCCUGAAGUGAAGAAAACUGUUGAAUUGGCACAGAAAUGCCUUGAUGCCGCUGAAAGUAUGGGAUUAAUCAGGAAACCAGAUGAAAAUUUUGUUCUUGAAGCAUUAAAAGAAAAUGAACAAGAAGUAGAGAAAAGUGAAGAUUAAUGUUAAGUUUAUUUAAAAUUUAAUUAUAUCGUUUUUACUAACCAUUUUACUUUUAUUUAUUGUUUACGAUAAGGCUAAAAUGAAUCAAAAUCUUCAUGACAAUAAAGUAUUGUUUUACCAUUA